GUGCCAUGCAAAUUAAACAAAACAAACAUAAUCAGAAAAAUGACUAUGAAACUCAAGACACUCUCCUUCUUACCCCUAACCCCAAAGCGCCAUUUUCAAUUCCAUGCCACAACCUUCAUGUUCAUGCCCCCUACUACUCUUUCUAUUAAUACCAAAAAGGUUAAAGGUUCAAAGCAGCUAUGUUCCGGUCUGCCACCAGAAAAGGUGGAGAUAUUCAAGUCCUUGGAGGGUUGGGUUGAGCAGAAUGUGUCAGUGCACCUAAAGCCUGUUGAGAAAAGUUGGCAACCAACAGAUUUUCUGCCAAAACCUGAAACUGAAGGAUUCUACGAUCAAGUCAAAGAGUUGAGGGAAAGAGUUAACAAUCUUCCUGAUGAGUAUUUUGUUGUAUUGGUUGGAGAUAUGAUUACAGAAGAAGCCCUUCCAACUUACCAAACAAUACUUAAUACACUUGAUGGGGUAGGGGAUGAGACUGGAGCAAGUCUUAGUUCUUGGGCAAGUUGGAUAAGGGCUUGGAGUUCUGAAGAGAAUAGGCAUGGGGACCUUCUCAACAAGUAUCUUUACCUCUCUGGACGUGUCAACAUGAAGCAGAUUGAGAAGACUAUUCAGUAUCUCAUCGGUGCAGGGAUGGAUCCUCAAUUUGAGAAAAAUCCUUCUAAUGGAUUUAUCUACACAUCCUUCCAAGAGAGAGCAACAUUCAUCUCGCAUGGGAACACAGCAAGGCUAGCCAAGGAGCAUGGAGAUGCGACACUUGCAAGAAUAUGCGGCACUAUAGCUGCUGAUGAGAAGCGACACGAAAUUGCAUACACGAAGAUUGUGGAGAAGCUAUUUGAAAUUGACCCGGAUGAUACAAUGUUGGCUUUAGCCGGCAUGAUGAAGAAGAAGAUUAAAAUGCCAGCGCAUUUGAUGCACGAUGGUGAAAAUAGUAAGCUAUUUGACCAUUUCUCAGCUGUUGCCCAAUGCCUUGGAGUAUACACGGCCAAAGAUUAUGCAGAUAUUCUAGAUUUUCUGCUAGGAAGAUGGAAUGUAGAGAAGCUGACGGGUCUUUCAGAUGAGGGCCGCAGAGCUCAAGAGUUUGUGUGUGGAUUGCCUUUGAAGAUUAGAAGAUUGGAUGAUAAAGCUCAGGCUAGGAAAAAACGAGCUGUUGCUCUUGUUAAUGCCGUGCCUUUCAGUUGGAUUUUCGGAAGAAAACUAGAGCUAAAGGUUUAAGUUUGAUGGCAGCUUAAACAUUUGAUAUCUAUUACUAAUAAUGCCAAUAAUUAAGCCGCUUAUUAACUACUAUGAUAUGAAUAAAACUACGUUUUUGCUUU